AUGAUUAAAAGUAUAUAUUAUUGAUAUCAAUUAUUUUAGUUAAAGAAUAAACAAGAGCAGGUAUAAAAUGCUUUAUUUUUGAUCGAUGUUUAAUGUAGUAAGAUACAGAAAGGGAUAAUUAUAGAGAUAAAAAACCACCCAUAAAUCUACAUAAUUGUUUUAUUUGUAGAACCAGAUAAAUUACAACAAUAGAGUAUCCAGCAAAGCAUGUUAUGGAUGUGGCAAAGGAUUCCAAGAGAAAACAUGUCAUUUAUGUUAAAAAUAAAUAGGAAAGCAUCAAUUAUUUAGAUAUCAUUUAUUUGCUAUUGGUAAUAAUAAAUUCAAAUGUUUUAAUUGUGAUAGAAUGA